AAGCGGUUAUGCGGCCUCGGCUCAGCUGACCUCGGGGGCGGGCCGGGAGGAUCCGUGGGGUUCCCGGUGGUUCCCGACUUGCCCAGCCGCCUCUCCGGCUUGCUGCGCGGGUGCCCGGGAUGGUGCCCGGGCCACAGACGAGCUGCCAAUGCUUCCUCCUGCUGCCUCUGCUGCUGCUGCUGCUGCUGCUGGCGGCGGCCUCGCCGGGGCAGAGCCGGCCGAGCUCCGUCGGCUUCAGCUUGGCCGGCAGCUGGCUUCUCCGCAACCGGGACGGCUCCGUGGCGUUGGAGGCGCGGGUCCCGGGCUGCGUGCACAGCGCCCUGCUCCAGCACGGCUUGAUCCAGGAUCCUUACUAUAGAUUUAAUGACCUGAAUUAUAGUUGGAUCUCCUUGGAUAACUGGAUCUACAGCAAGGAAUUUAGGAUUCCCUUUGACUUCAGCAAAGUGCGAAAAGUAAAUUUGAUUUUCGAGGGAGUUGAUACAGUUGCAGAGGUUCUACUCAAUAAUGUCACUGUUGGGAAAACAGACAACAUGUUCAAUAGAUACACCUUUGAUAUUACCAAGGAAAUCAGAGAGCUCAACACCAUCAAGCUUCUUUUCCAGUCAGCAGUUUCAUAUGCUGCUCAGCAAAGCAAGGCUCAUGCAGAGUACCGGAUACCACCCGAGUGCCCUGACCCUGUCCAGAAAGGAGAGUGCCAUGUUAACUUUAUUCGAAAGGAACAAUGUUCAUUUAGCUGGGACUGGGGUCCUUCCUUUCCUACUCAAGGAAUAUGGAAAGAUGUUAGAAUUGUGUCUUAUGAUAUUUGCCACUUGGAUGACUUUACUUUUACUCCUACUUAUGUGAGCAGUGCCAGAGAAUGGAAUCUUAAAAUAGAGGCUUAUUUUGAUGUAGUUAGCUCAAAACCACUUGGUGGCCAAGUAACCGUGAGCAUCCCAGGUUUGCAGACCCACCAGAUAUAUGACAUUGAACUUUGUCCUGGGCAAAGCAUGAUCCCCUUGCUCCUGAACGUCAACAAGAACACUACAGUGGAGACUUGGUGGCCUAAUGGACAUGGAAACCAAACUGGGUACAAUAUGACAGUAACUUUUGAAGUGGAAGGAGGCUAUCAUAUUGAAAAAUUAACUAAGGUUUAUUUCCGGACAGUAGAACUUAUAGAGGCUCCAAUAGCUGGGUCCUCCGGUUUAAGUUUCUACUUCAAAAUUAAUGGACUUCCCAUAUUUAUCAAAGGAUCUAACUGGAUUCCAGCAGACUCCUUCCAGGAUAGAGUAACCUCGGACUUAUUACGACUUCUUUUGCAAUCUGCUGUGGAUGCUAACAUGAAUACUCUACGUGUUUGGGGAGGGGGUAUUUACGAGCAAGAUGCAUUCUAUGACAUCUGUGAUGAACUGGGACUAAUGAUAUGGCAGGACUUUAUGUUUGCCUGUGCUCUUUAUCCCACUGACCAGGCCUUCGUCAAUUCAGUGAGAGCAGAAGUUGUUCAUCAGAUCAGAAGAUUGAAAUCUCACCCAUCCGUCAUCAUAUGGAGUGGUAACAAUGAAAAUGAGGCUGCUUUGGCAGAGAACUGGUUUUUUGUGCCACCCAGUAAAUUCCAAAUCUAUGCCAGAGACUACGUGACUUUGUAUGUGAAAAAUAUCAGAGAAAUUGUCCUGGCAGAGGACCAGACUCGUCCUUAUGUUGCAUCUAGCCCUACAAAUGGAGCAGAAUCCAUAGCUGAAGGCUGGAUUUCCCGUAAACCUCAUGACACCCAUUUUGGUGAUGUACAUUUUUAUGACUAUGGCAGUGACUGCUGGAACUGGAGGGUGUUUCCUAAAGCUCGAUUUGUUUCUGAAUAUGGAUAUCAAUCCUGGCCCUCCUUCAGUACAUUGGAAAAGGUCUCCUCUGCUGAAGAUUGGUCUUACAAUAGCAGUUUUUCAUUGCAUCGACAGCAUCAUAAAGAUGGCAAUACUGAGAUGCUUGAUCAGGCUGAUAAUCAUUUCAAGCUUCCUCAAAACUCGGAUCCAUUGGUUAUGUUCAAAGAUACACUCUACCUUACACAGGUGAUGCAGGCCCAGUGCAUAAAGACAGAGACAGAGUUUUACCGACGAAGCCAGAAUGAAAUAGUGCAUGGUCAGGGCCACACCAUGGGGGCCCUUUAUUGGCAGCUGAAUGACAUCUGGCAGGCCCCGUCCUGGUCUUCACUAGAGUAUGGAGGCAAAUGGAAAAUGCUUCAUUACUUUGCUCAGCAUUUCUUCUCCCCACUGUUGCCGAUCGGCUUUGAAGAUGACGAUGUAUUUCAUAUCUAUGGUGUUUCAGACCUCCACGUGGAUUACAAGAUGAUGCUUACUGUGAGAGUAUACCAGUGGAGCUCUCUGGAGCCUGUGUGUUCUCGUCAGACUGAAUACUUGGUGGUGAAGGCAAGCCAGGCAGCCCCCCUCUACAAGGAGCCAAUGGUGGAAUUGUUGAAAAGGUGUGGCCAGUGCACAAGACAAAGCUGUGUCAUCUCCUUUGUCCUGACAGCUGGUGGUGAGCUCUCCAGCCCCACUAACUAUCACUUCCUGUCCUCCCUGAAGGAUGCUGUGGGGCUGGAGAAGGCACAGAUCACUGCCAAGAUAACCCAGCAAGGGAAGGUGUACAGUUUUGAACUCAGAACCACAGCUAUUGCUCCCUUUGUUUGGCUGGAUGUAGGAAGUAUACCAGGGAGAUUUAGCGACAAUGGUUUCCUCUUGACAGAGGAGAGAAAAACAAUACUAUUCUACCCGUGGAAGUCCACCAGCGUUACUGAACUUGAAAAAUCUCUUCGCUUGAUUUCACUGGCAGACAUUUACUGAAGAAAUACCAGUUUUUUUUCAGAGUGACCAUUUAAAAAAUCAAAACCAAAAAUCAUGUGAUUAUUUAUGUGGUGGAAAAACUUUUAAAAACUACAACUCCUAUUUAUAUUGAAGACACUGGAAAGCAUGGGAAUAAAUGGACUUUUCCUUAAUAUGAUUGUGGUAAGAGUAAUACUUCCUAGGGCCUUGUUCUGGGCCCUAGGCUGGGCUUUUUUUCCCUAGGGCUCCACCCCAUGCAGGCAUUAAAAACCAUCCUUGCUUACCUAGCACUUAGAACAAAAACUUUAGAUGUGAAUGGAGUUUCCUGGUUAACAAGGUAUAAAUGAGCCAGGUUCAAGGAGUUCUAGCUGUUCACCUGGAUGGGCUUCUCUGAUUGAGAACCUUCGUGGAUAAUGCAGAUGCAGGAAAGUUGGGCUCAACUGAAUCAGUGAGGGAGAUGAAACUGUCUACUCAGGCCUUCAAUAUGAUGGGGGGCAGGGAAUCCCUUACAGGUCUCUAAAGACAGAGAGAUUUUGGGGUUGGAGAGUCUUGACUUAUGAGCUAGGAAACACUAGGUAAUAUAGGAUGAUAAUAUAGGAUGAUUUUCAGCAUCAACCUUUGCACUGGGCCUGGCUGCACUGGAGAGAGCAAUGACUUUUAGUUACCUUACUCAUUGACCCAUGUUGAGGAUUUGUGGCCAUAAGAAGUGUCAUCUUGUAGCCCUGAUAUUCCUGGUUUUGCUUCUCUUCAUCAUUACUUAUUCACUGUUUGACAGAUAGGAUGGCUUACUUAGAGAAUCCAGGAGCUUCAACUAAAAAAAAAUAACUGAAAUAAUCGAUUACUUCAGUACAGUAUGUUGUAGGUUAAAUUUAACAAAAAGGUAAGCUGAGGCAUGUUUCUCCAAGCAAGAUGUCAUUUUAUUAACAGGGGCAUGCUAUUUGUCAAUAAAAGGGUCAAUAGAUGCCUCAGUUUCUAGCCAAAAACCCAUAAUUGAAGCUGCAGCUCAUUUUUAUAAACAUUGAAUAAAAAACAGUACAGGGUAGGGAUAUCUUGGAGUUGAGGACAGCAUGAUUGGUUACAUAGCUGAGAUAUGGGAAAUGACAUGAUUGGUUGGAAGUUUGGUAAUGAGAGACCAGCAGCAACUCCAUUCUUCUCUCUUGUGACUAAGAGGUGUUCAUUGAGUCCGGCUGCAAGGUUUAGCGAUAAUGGACCAGAAUUUUUAGACAGCAAACCAAAUAUUCUUGAAGGAUAGCUUGGUGGUGUAAAGAUACUAGACCAGACUCUUUUAUGGCAAGUCAUAUCCCCCAAGGUUAGUUAAAUUUCUUGAGGGAAAAAAAGAACAGUGAUUAGCAAGAGAACUGGAUUUCUCAGGGCAGCUAAUAUAACAGUCACUAGGCUGUUCGACUCUGGGCCAGUCCCUUAAUCCCAAUUGCCUCACCAAGAAAAAAAAAAAAAGAAGAGAGAGAGAAUUGGAU